GUACUUCCGAUUUUGUGUUUCCGUCACUUGCAAAUAAUAAUAAGUGCUCUGCAAGAAAAAAAAAUCAUUGAUUUUGACGAUUGCAGCUGCGUCAAUUUCGGAAAUGGCUGAUUCAAAGUUAAAAGUUGGAUGCAGAGUACAGAUAACAGGGAAGGAUGUUGUAGGAACGGUUGCUUUUAUCGGUGCAACUCUAUUCAGUAGCGGUAAAUGGGUAGGAGUGAUUCUUGACGAGGCAAAGGGUAAAAACAAUGGGACCGUUCAAGGAAAACAAUACUUUUCAUGCGAAGAAAACCAUGGAAUGUUCAUAAGACCUACACAGUUAGUUGUGAUUGACGAUAGUGGUCAAACAACGCCAACUUCCUCAAAAUUGCCUCUACCUGGGAGCACGAUUAAAAGAACAUCGAUUUCAAAAUCGGCUUCCAGAGAAAGAUUAUCUAAAGGAGCUUCACCCAGUGAAACUCCUAAAAAACCUUCUCCAGAGGCUCCUCCUGCAAAGAGCUUCGUUGAAGAUGUAAAGAAAGAAUUAGCUGCAAAAGAAAAUCAGGACACGAUUAGAGCUUUAACUGAGUCUGUGGCUAAAAUAUCAGCGCUUGAAACCGAAAUUACAACUUUAAAAAAGGAUAAAGAGGAUGUAGAUGAAAAGCUAGAGGUGCUCAAGGCAAAACGUUCGGAAGAUAGGCAAAAACUGAAGGAAUUCGAUAAAAUAAAACUUCGUGUAGAACAACUCGAAGAGUAUAAACACUCGGCUCAAGAAAAGAGCGCUCAGCAACAAAGAAGUCUCUUAGAAGCCAAGAACGAAUUGAAGGAUGUUCAAGAACAAUUCGAAAGAUAUAAGGAGGAAAUGCAAGAUGCUGCCGAAACGAUAGAAAUGGCCACUUUAGAUAAGGAAAUGGCUGAAGAGAAGAUAGAUAGUUUACAACAAGAAUUAUCAGCCACAAAAGAGAAAUACGAAGAAACUGCCCUGGAUUUACAAAUUUUAAAAGAAGAAUUAGAGAAUUCAUCUGAAUCCGCUGGUCAAACUUAUCAAAUGAAGCAAUUAGAACAACAGAACGAAAGAUUAAAGGCCGCCUUAGUUAAGCUUAGAGAUUUAGAUAUUUAUAACAAACAAGAGAUUAAUAAAUAUCAAAAAACAUAUGAUAAGCAAAAUAAUGAAAUAUCACAUUUAAGAAAAGAAAAAGAAACUCUACAGGGCGAAAUUAAGAAUUUAAAUGAGGCGUCAAUUGAAAUGUCGGAGCAAAUAGACGCAGCUCUUGGCGCUGAAGAAAUGGUUGAAAAAUUGACAAGGAAAAAUUUAGAGUUGGAGGAACGGAUACAGCAAUUAGAACAGGAGCAGGAAGAUUUAGAGACUUUACAUCAAAUGAACGAAGAGUUGCAGGAAAAUUCGAGAGAAACAGAGUUAGAAUUACGAGAGGCUAAUGAUUUACUUCGAGCUAAGUUAACAGAAUCGAUAAGAAGAUUAGAAUUAAAUCAAGACUCUAUUUCUGAUUACGAAAGAACUAUAACGAAGUUUAGAGAUCUGGUUGCCCAGUUGCAAGAGGAGAUACGCUCUCUGAAAGAAAAUACAGAAAAUGUUCUAGAAAAGAGAGAAACUCCAACAAUUGAUUUUCACGCAAAGCAAACUGAAAUGAAAAAUUUCAGUCAAAUUAUCGAUUUUAAUUUACUAAACAUUCAAUGCAAACAAUCGGCAAAGAAUAUCAACUAUUUACUUUCAUUUCUACCAGAUUCAUUGAAAAGGAGCGGUUGUGAAAUUGAUGCUAUAAAAUUAGUUCUCUUGGUAUCGUCAAUGAUACAAAAAACAGAUUUCCUCCUUAAUCAGAUUCGACAAAAAUGGAAAAUACCAGAUGAAAUUAAUCAAGAAGAUGUAUUAAAAAAUCAGACUAGCGAUCAAUAUAGUUAUAUAUCUUUUCUUCAAUUUCAAUUAUGCAGCUUAAAAUAUUUAUUGCAAAAAUACGAAGAUGCCUUAAAUUCUUGUUCGGAUUCACUACUACUUAAAGUUUGCAGUUUGCUACCAGAAAUAAAACCGCACGAGAAAUGUAUUGAUUUAUUACUUGAUUUGCUUAAGAAAGAUCUUUUAGACGAAACGGUCAAUUUAGAAGGACUUCAAAAAGCUGUUAAUUAUUUAAAACAUUUAUACUCGGUUCAUUUAGCUGAAGAAUUUGUCGAUCCAGUCUAUUUAGCACAAAAUUCUAUUGCUGCUUUGGUAGCUGGUUCAAAUAGCUUAAAAAUUGAUACAACAAGAAUGAAAUAUUGUCUAUUGGCCGAAGAUUCAAACAGCGAAAUAAAUAUUCUUUUAAAGGAUACAGAAAAUUUUGUUGUUUGUUUAAUAUCUGAAUUGAAAAAGAUAAAAAGAAGAGAUGAACCUUUACAAUAUCAGAAAAAUUUAUUUAUGGAGGUUGAAGAUUGUUUAAAUAAAUUGGCUAUAGCUAUAAAAAGUCUUAGGCAUUCAUCGGUUUCAGUUUUAAGGCAAGCUGAUUUAUUAAGUGAAAAAAUUGGUAUGAAUUCUGCAAAGAUGACUGAAUUAUUGAACGAAGCUGCUGAAAAAUUUUUUGACGUUCUAACCGUCUCACCAUUUGAAGCGAUUAGACAAAAUUUUGAAGAGAUUUUAGAAGUUGUUAAGACUUUCACUAAUGCAAUUGAAGAAGGAAAACUGGAGGCGGCCGAAAGAGUUGUUCAAAAAACUGAAAAACCUAUAUUGGUUAGAUCGCAUGCAGUUCGCGUUCAAUUGGCUGACACUGAAGGUGUUAAAGCUAAAUUAGAAGAUAAGGAUGAAGCGUUAAAAGAAGUAAAACAACAACUUAGAAUAAAAAUAGAGGAAAUCUCUGAAAAUAAUGUUAGGAUAAGUCUUCUGGAGAAGAAGGUUGAAAGCGCUUCCAGAGAGGCGGAUGAUCGUGCGGAUAAGUUGCAAUUAAAGGUUGAUGAAAUGACAAUGAAAAUGAGACAAAAAGAAAAAGAGUUUGAGGAGACGGUAGAUGCUUUACAGGCUGAUACGGAUGCCUUGGAACAGGAAAAAAUCGAAUUAAAAGAUCGUUUAAAGGCGCUUUCACGUAAAACACUUUUGGAGGGUUUGGCUAGACAGCCGUCAACAGCACAAAGUCAAGCAUCAGUAAGAGAGAAUCCGCUUUUGGUUGAGAAAGUUAACUCCAUAAGCUCUGCUUUGAAAGUAGAGCAAUCAAAGAAUUUGCGUCUUACCAGUAAAAAUAUGAUAAAUACUUUAAAAUCAUUACCACAGUUAAAUGUUCCUAAAGUUCACCAAACAACUGAAGUGAAAGAGGUUGAAAGGAAAGUAAAGAGCUUAGUCGCUGAAAUUUAUCACGAAGCUUGUACACCAAAAAUUGGUGCGAAAGAUAAAUGGAAUGAAUUGGAGAAGCAAUUAAUUAAAACGAAGAGUGAAGUUGAAAGCUUAAUAGCCGAAAGGCACUCCGUUGGUCAUGUCUCAACUAAUACAAAAGCAUUUUCAAGUCCAGAUCUAAAUAAAGUUUUAACGGAGAAGAUAAACGAGAAAGAAGUCAUUGUUGGUGUAAUAAAAAUACCUAAGAAGGGUUGCAAAGAUAUCAUCAAAUUACCAGUUAAUGAGAGAAAGCUGGAACGAAUUCAUGGCGCUUUAGUUAGAUAA